GUGCUAAAUUCUUGUGAUUUCUAGGUUUAAGAUCAUCAGAUUGAUAUGAGGACGAUUUCCCUUUAGUAUUUAUUAUCAAUUUUCUAUCCAAGUGGAAAAAUUGCUGAUCUUUUUACUAUCUUUGAGUGUCAAUAUCAUUAUUACUGGUUGGGAGUUCGAUUUUAGACGUUUAACCUUAAGUUCCUUUCAUGGGUUUCAACUGUUCAUAAGCUAGAAGUUUAGGAAACUUAUAAUUUGAUGAAAUGCUAAUUCUGGGCGUACCAUCUUGUGAUCAAUAAUAGGUGUACCAUCCUUUGAUCAUCUUCAAAACCUGCCUCCGGGAACCUAUAGAUUGAUACCAGAGGGAGAAAAUGUCAACUUUGCAGAGAACACUUCGAAGCAUCCACGCAGCUGUUGAGACCCCCAGAUUGAUCAGAUUCUCUUUGCAUCCUCCAAAAAAUGUAGAGGUGGAAUAUGCUAAUGGUAACGUGUAUAAUUUGUCAGCAGAGUUUCUAAGAAUAUAUAGCCCGGCUGUUGAUGGCAAGAUCAGAUCAAUUGGAGGAGAUAAGGUCAUAUCUGGACGUCGCCUUGUUGGGAUCAUGUCUGCAGAACCAAUAGGGAACUAUGGCGUAAGGAUACUGUUUGAUGACUUGCAUAAGACGGGAAUCUAUACUUGGGACUAUUUCUAUUAUCUUGGGAGCGAAAAGUUCAACCUCAUGAGAAGUUAUAUAAAUAUACUUAAGAAGCAUGGACUCAAUCGCGAUCCCCCAAGACGAAAAUGAUUGAUGGCGAAGGCGAAGUUCUUGUUGUUAACUUGUUAUCUAGUCUUUUUAUUUCAAAUUUUCUUGUAAAAUUAAACACUUACCUUAAAUUUAAUAGGAUAAAAUAUUAU